AUGUCGAAGGUUGUUUUUGGUCGAAGAUAUAAUAAAACUAUGUUUAAUGUACUCCGUAGCUCGGCUGCAUUUCCUGAUCGGGACAAAUGUGCCUAUGAGCGAUACGAGACCUUAUUGGCCAAUAUUAGCGCGACUGGCCUUGUGGUAGGACAAACUUCAGAAUCUCCGAUUAAGAUGUUGACCUUGGAACUCAAACGCCUACCAGAUUAA